AUGUCUCCGUUCUUAACCUUCGGGAAUACUCGCCGAGGAAAUAUCUACUCCUCACCAACAGCACUGCCACCGACACCACCACUACCUCCUCCGCCAAGCUAUCAAUCCAUCCAAGAACAAGAUCAGAAACCAUGUUUUCAUCGUUAUUUCAUUCAACAAACAUUGACUACUCACGAGUUUAUCCAUCUUUUCAGUCUGAUCAUUAUUGUUGAUCUUACGAUUAUAAUUUUAAUUCAGCUUCAGGGACAAUUGUGGCUCCCAUUCUGCCUUUCCUCGAUCAUGUGGUACAUCGUAGGAGAUGGACAAUCUUACAGCCAUAUCCCAGUCGACAGGUAUCCCUUCCCAACUACCUUCAGAGAGAUGUUCCUCAGGAAAGAUAUACACCUGAAAUCCACUUUGAGGAUGUUGGCUUGGGUGAACACCGGUCUAUUCUUCGCAUGUUUGUGCAAAGUGGUACUUUAUAGCCUGAAUCCACCUUGCGUUCCAGGUAUUUCCUCGACUGCGGUCCAAUUACAUUUAUACAAUUCGAUUCCAUUGGAAUAA